AUAUAUUUGGCGCCAAAACCUAUUAAUAUUAGCCACACUUCCCGCCGUAAGAGCUUCUCCUCUCCAUUUAAAAUAUCCGAGGGCGAAAUAGAAAAACUGAGUGGCGUGAAAAAAAAAAUGGAAAAGGAGAAUAAUUACUGGCUACUGAAAACGGAGGCGGGGGAGUGGUCGUGGGACGAUCAGGCGGCGAACGGAGGCCUGUCGAAGUGGGACGGUGUGAAGAACAAGCAGGCGCAGAAGUACAUGAAGUCCAUGGCCGCGGGGGACUUGUGCUUCUUCUAUCACUCCGGCGCCAAGUUCCGCCGCGUGGUCGGAGUGGUCGAGGUCGUGCGGGAGUGGUACGAGGAGGAGGAGGAGGGCGGCGGCGUGGUGGACGUGAAGGCGGUGGGGGAGAUGGCAACAGCGGUGGGCUUGGCGGAGAUGAAAAAGGAGUUGAAAGGGGUGGAGUUCUUGCUGUUCCGGCAGCCCAGGUUGUCGGUUUUGCCGGUGGUGAAAGAAGUUUGGGAUAGGAUUUGUGAAAUGGGCGGUGGAUACGAGGGAGAUGGCGGCGGUGGUGGUGGUGAUGACAGUGAAGAUUAAGUGUUUGAUGCUUUGCCUCAAUGGAGGUUGGUGGGUGAAUAGUUCAAUUUCACCAACUCUUUUUGUUGCCCAUAGCCCAUUGGGCAUUUGUAAAGCGGUUGUUGGGCCUAUGGUGGAUAAACCAAUAAUUGAUUAAUAGUUCAAUUUUGUUUAAU